CUGGACUGAGGCCAGUGCUGUUGAGGUCAACUGUAACGUUUGUGUAAAUGUUUCACUAACUUGUUGAACUCAGUUAACUUUCAACUUCUUGAAAUUUGUCCCAUAUCAUUAUCUGAGCAUGUUUCACUGCUUCUAUUGAGCAAUGAUGAACUCAAAUUUGAAUAAAGCAGCUCAACUGAUAUUUUAUGUGCCUCCAUGACGUUAUAAUGUGCUUGAUACAUAGUCCACUCCUACUAGCUGAAAGCGAAGGUGAAGAAAAGAAGUGCAGGCGCAAUGUCUCUUGUUGUGGUGCUCAGAAGUGGUUUUCAUUAGGAAUCUCUGGAGUAGAAUAGCUGUUGCUUCCAUCCUGCUUCAGGACCUACUGCAACUCUGCAAUUGUUGAUCCAUGCUUAACCGCCUCAAGGGGUCCUGACAAGAUGGCAUCUUCCAGACUUCUCGUCCUUCUAGCAUUGGCAUUUUCCUCUUUGUCCUUUGUUCUUUCCCAUUCAAACAGAGAGAUGUGGUUUCAGGAUUUCUUUCCACCUAACGUGUGCCCUAUAAAUGCCAAAGCCAACACUUUUUAUGGCAUAAUGUUUGAUGCAGGAAGUACUGGAACUCGGAUUCACAUUUAUACCUUUGUGCAGAACAGCCCAGAAAACCUUCCAGAGUUGGAAGGGGAAAUCUUUGAGUCUGUGAAGCCAGGUCUUUCUGCAUAUGCUGAUCAGCCUGAAAAGGGUGCUGAAUCUGUCAAAAGAUUGCUGGACAUGGCCAUAGAAGCUGUGCCACCUCAUCUCUGGAAGAAGACCCCAGUAGUGUUAAAAGCCACAGCUGGACUGCGCUUGCUGUCAGAGGAGAAAGCUCAGGCUCUGCUUUUAGAGGUGAGAGAAGUCUUUGAGGAAUCACCAUUUCUUGUUCCAGAGGACAGUGUUAGCAUCAUGGAUGGGUCUUAUGAAGGAAUUUUAGCCUGGAUCACUGUGAACUUUUUGACAGGGCAGCUGUCUGGCCAGAACCAGCAUACUGUUGGGACUCUGGACUUGGGAGGAGCCUCAACCCAAAUAACAUUCCUGCCGCGGUUUGAGGAAACUUUGAAGGAAACCCCUGGGGAUUUUCUUACCUCAUUUGAAAUGUUUAAUAGCACCUACAAGCUCUAUACUCACAGCUAUUUGGGGUUUGGACUAAAAGCUGCCAGACUAGCAACACUUGGAGCUUUGAAUAUGAAAGCUGUGGACGGACAAAUGUUUCGCAGUUCUUGUUUGCCAAAGCAGCUGGAGGCAGAGUGGCACUUUGGGGGAGUGAAAUACUGGUAUGGUGGCAACAGAGAAGGAGAAACAGGAUUCAAGCCUUGCUACUUGGAAGUACUCAAGGUUGUCAAAGGGAAACUGCACCAACCAGAUGAGAUUCGUGGAAGUUCCUUCUAUGCUUUCUCCUAUUACUAUGAUCGAGCAGUUGACACCAACCUAAUUGAUUAUGAACAGGGAGGUGUUUUGGAAGUGAAAGAUUUUGAAAGAAAAGCCAAAGAAGUCUGUGAUAACAUGGAGAGGUACAACUCAGCCAGUCCUUUCCUCUGCAUGGAUCUCACUUACAUCACUGCUUUACUAAAGGAAGGUUUUGGAUUUAGGGACAACACACUCUUACAGUUAACGAAGAAAGUGAACAACAUAGAGACAAGCUGGACUUUGGGUGCUACCUUUCACCUGCUGCAGUCUCUAGGGAUAACCUGCUGAGCUGUGACGUUCCUGUGGACUUCGGCAUUUCUGAAAGGCUGAGAAAGCAAAUUGAAAUCUCCAGGUACGUUGUUCAGCUGGUGUUGGUCACAGAUCAGAACAUGGACCAAAGCUAUAGAAUAGAUCUUCACCCUGGAUUGGCAUCGUGCAUAAUGAGAGUUGCCACAGUAUGAUUUACAAUUGUGGUUGCCACAAACGAUCCAGAAGCUGCCUUCUGAAAGUCACAAGGCCUAAACUCCAGCAGAGUAUCUGCAAGGGACUCAAAGCCAGCUUUCACCAGCACGUUUGUAUAGCACAGAGUACCUGGCAUGUGGUGGCAGACUACAGACACUGACUUCCCCUCCCCCUUUUAUUUUAAACAUACAGAACUUAAGUUUGCUUGUGAGAUGUUAAAUACAGAAAUUAAAGAUGGCAUCAACAGUCAUUCAGAGUAAAAUGAACUACUGGAUGCUGCCAGCCUCAGCAUUCCCAGUACCCAGCUGUUAGUUUAGCUAAUCCAUUGCAAGAAGACUCCGGUCAAGGCAGGGCCUGCUCUAAGCACACUUUGGACAUGGUUUUGGGAAAGGUGUUGGCUAAAACAUAGGUUGUAACUUGCCAAGCAUUUCUUUAGGCAGCAGUGAUUUCCUAAGCAGAAUGUGUGCCUGACUCUGUUCCUUUUUGCUGCCCUUUACAAGUCUGUGCAGCUAUACUGUACAUCUGGCUACCAGACCCAAUAACUUGAUUCAUUUAGCAUGUAGUCAUAACACAUGGUUGUGCUGGCACAACUAGGCAGCAGUGCCAGCUAUUUCAACUCCACUGCCAAAAGAAAUGCUUGUCACAUUACACCCACACGGACAUUAAGGGUACAGUCAGAUGAAAUGGCUGAUCAGAUAUAGCUCACUUUGCUGUGAGAGGCAGUUCUGUUUCUCUGCUUUCAGCAAGGCACUCCCCCAGCCAUCUUUCCUCUGCUGGCACUCCUCAGGUUCUUUGGUGAACAAAUUCAUGAAACCAAACUUGAGUUAAAUCAGCUCACCAGAGUCAAGUCUAGUGCUAGCAUGAGGGGAACAGGCAUUGCACAGCCCGGGGGCCAUGCUGGGCCAUCGAGCUGUUAGAACACCACAGCCCAUUUUGUCAGAGUGAGCUCUAGGGUGUGGUUUCCCAUCUGAAAGUUUGGGCUUAUCGCUUCCUGCACUCUUCUUAGGAGCCUCCUCUGAAUGCAGAGCUGCGAUGAAACAAGCUGUUUUUUUCAGUUGUUUAAUAGAUAAAAACAGGGAGAGAGCAGAAUUAGCAUCAGAAACAGAGGGAGAACAAGAACAAAAGUAGCUUUGCUUUCUUAUCCCUUGUUUGCUUAUCCUUUGUCCAUUUUAAAUUGGUUUAAUUUCUCUUUAAUACAGUGAAGCGAGACCCAUAAAAUGGUCUAUGCAGCCCUGGGUUGCUCCGGAAUUAUUUUUAAUAUUUACAACAGGUCUUUAGGAACAGUGCAUCCAGUGAAGGUGUUGCAGCUGUUUAGGAAGCCCAAGACUUUGUUAGGAGAGCAUGAAGCUAUGAGUAACAAUUUUAAGUGAAUCUUGCCCUCUCUUUCACAACAAACGCAAAGAAGCAAUGAAAGAUCAAUAUUUUAAAUAAAGUGUCUUGUCAGGCUAGAAAGUUGGGCUGUAGGAUCCUGGUUUUCUUCUUUAAUUGGUUGUAGAGAACAUUGAGAUUGCCUGAAUACCUUGAGGCUCCAAGUGCAGACCUUGCAUUGUCCUAAGUAGAAAAAACUUACUCUAUCCCAUGAAAUAGUUACCAGCUAGCUGCUCAAUAGAAAUUAGUAUCUUCUACUCACCAUGGAAUGUGUAAGGUAAAGAUGAUUUUACCCCAGUUGUAAGAACAGAGAGGUAUUACUCACGUGACUAAGGGAAGCUUUCAUUCUCUGAUCUCUUACUGAACACUUUCCUGCCAGGCAGCUGCAGUUACCUAUUUGCUGUAACACCUUUCCUACUUCUGUAAGACCAAAGAUGGCCCUCCUGCUACCUUCUCUGCAACCUGGAUUUCAAAAUAAUUGGUACUUCCCGGCAAGGGGAAGAAGUAGCACACUCGUGCCCUCACUAAUCUUGCCAAGCACUUUGGAGACUCAGAAAUUUGCCUUACUGUGAACAUUAGUCCACUUCCUCUAGUUAGCAGUGCAAGACUGUGGCUGAUUAAGCUAUUCCCUUCUCAUAUCUCAGGUUUUAUGGCACUAGGGUGCAAGGCGUGCUUUGGAUUGAAUAAAUUCAGUCAGCAUCAGGAGUCCAAGGGUUGAGGAUGGAGCUACCUGUACUUGUCCCACCACUGACACCUUGUUGUAAAUUCAGGCUGUUUCUCUGAAAUGUGAAAUGCUCAUCCUACCUGUACUUUUCCUUACCAAAAUCGGUUUUGAGAACCGUGUUGGAAAAUUCCUCAGUCACACCAAACUUCUGGUCCUUGCUCACUAGGAGCUUCUGUUUAAACAUGAAGAAAGUAGUUGUGACCUCUUCUCAACCACGAGCGUUUCUUAUUCCCUUUCUUAGUGUUUGACAAAACUUAGUAGAUGGUCUGGUCUGCAACAACAGGGUGAGUGUAACCACAUUCAUUUUGUCUUCAGUGACCUUUGUAUUCACUUUUGUAUUCUCAGAGAACACAAAGUAGGAUGCACUGGUUACUAGCCAGGCUGCAUUACCCCCAAGAACUAGCUAAUUUAAUAAUCCAAAAGCUUUCUCUCAGUCUGAGCCAGUGCUACGACAAACUCUUAUUAGAUCUUGGGGCUAAGAGCUGUGAGCAGUGAGGCUGUAUUUGAAACAGGAAGGGAAUGUGUUAUGGUGUAGGUAAGGAACAAGCAGCAGCAGCACAUCUGCCAACGGAAUAGACUCUAGCCCUGAGAAGUACUUAGGGGUUUGGUUCUGUGUAAAGGGCAGGUGGUCUAGAACAAGACAGGUACCAGGCAGAGGAAGUUUCGUUUCUGUGUUCUUUGCCUCAGACUCUGGUACUACAAAUGCUAGGUGGGAGCAUCUGCUUCCCAGCACCAAAGCUGCAUUGACUCUGAAUGCUCGGGGCCUUCCUUUGUCAGUGGCACAAUUCAUUAACUGAAGCAAACCUGCUGCUCUCUAUCAGGGGCCUGAUCCUGCAGUCAUGAGAGAAACAAAAACUCAGCUCAAAGCUUUCUUUUGUAAGAAGUUGCAGAACGGAGCCCCUGCUGUUUACAUCUGAACUACUCAAGGUGGGUGGGGGAUCUAGAGAAGCUACUGAAGUCCUCACACUUGCCCUAGUGCAAUGAGAUUAUUUAUUAGAUUAACUAAAGACUGAGCAGCUUUUUGAGAGAAGAGUUCUACUUGCAACCCUGAUUUUUAUCUCCUCCUUUGUAAUGUCUUUUAGUCAGUCACUAACAGGAACUGCUUGGUACCAGUGACUGAGGAAACACAAGUAAUGGCUUUCAGUUCAAAACUUAUGUUUCAUUCUUUCUGAUGUUAAUUCCUGAUACUGGUCUUGCCCAUGGGCAGUGCUCACUUAAUUUUGUGAGUGUCAAACGUCUAAUGCAGGAGGCUGGUGUUUGGAACCUAUGGACAGAAUAUCUUGAAUGUCUAUUUUAGUAAUUAAAGCAUUUUUAACAAUUA